GCACAGUCCCAUCCCCCGGAGUCCUCGAAAACUCGCGAGUGAGCUUGAUUUGAUCAGCAUCGGCCCAAAGGCUCCGAGGCUCUGGCCCCAAAAGGGCUCUCGAGUUAGGAUCCCUUCAAAAACACCUGCCACAUUCGGUAUCAUUCGAAAAGAGCGCGCAACCAACCGCCAAAAACCAUCGCUAACAUCAACCUCAUUCAUGGUGUUCUCUGCUUUGCCCUAAAUCCCGUCCAACAUUAUAAAGUAAGGCACUCUGACGAUGGCCAACGAUUCCCCGUUCAAUCGACGCAUCUUGCACAAUGACCGACUCUGCUGCUGCCAAACCCAAAAAGGUUUCCAAGCCUAAGGCUAAACCCACCCAUCCCCCCACAUCGGUGAUGGUGAUGGCAGCCAUCAAGGCCUUGAAGGAGCGCAACGGUUCGUCCCUGCCCGCCAUCAAGAAGUACAUCGCCGCCAACUACAAGGUAGAUGUGGUUAAGAACGCCCAUUUCAUCAAGAAGGCACUCAAGUCCUUGGUUGAGAAGAAAAAGCUCGUCCAAACCAAGGGUGCUGGCGCCUCUGGCUCGUUCAAGCUGGCCGCUGCGGCCAAGGUUGAGAAACCUAAGGCUGCUGCUAAGCCUAAGAAGGCCAAGACGCCCAAGAAGAAGGUGGUGGCUAAAAAGCCCGCUGGCGAGAAGAAAGCCAAGUCACCCAAGAAGAAGACUGCCGCUAAGAAGCCCGCCACGGCUACCGCCAAGCCUAAGAAGGCCAAGACUCCCAAGAAGAAGGCUGCCCCGGCCAAGAAGACAUCGGCCAAGAAAGUGAAGAAGACCUCGCCUAAAAAGAAGGCCGCCUCCAAGAAGAAAUAAAUUCUGGCCAUCGGUUCAGUACCCGACGUUACAGUCAAACCCAUCCGGUUCUUUUAAGAGCCAAAACACAAUUUCAUACAGACGACACAAAGAGCCACAAAGUAGCAUUUCAAUAGAGCCAACAAUGAUAAGCGAAGGGUUUUAAGUUCAUCGUAAUUUCGCUUGUCUCGAUGUUAUUAGCCGCUAACCUUUGAUGUCAGGAAUAAGUUAUCAAUUCGGACAGUGUGUAUGCAUAUCCUCCACAAAGGAUAUUUAGUUAGUAAAAUAGCACGUCAUUUACUUUUCAUUGGAGAAUAUGCCUCGUUCAUACAUUGGAAUUAUGCCAACAUCAAUUGCAACUGAAAAGAAUUGUGCAUGUGAUACUUCUAUCCAAUGAGAAUCUCACCCGUUCAAACGCCAUGGUCUACCUCAAACUC